AUGAGUAGAGAUCUCUUCACAGACGGGGUGAAAGCUGGAGACUCCAAGUCUGAGGGAGCGAGCAGUUUAGACCCCAACGUGGAGAAGACAAACUGGGGUUACAGUGUCACAUCAGAGCAGCCCAUGCAAGGUUUACCUGAUUAUUCAGAAGCUGUUCCUGGUCUUCCCACUUCAUAUGCUGCGAUCCUAAGAAUCAAAUCUGGUAGUUCAUCUUUGGCCUCAUUGAAUUCAAAGAACAGACCACGAUUAAGCAGUCCUUCAUUAGGAAGUGUAUCUUCACCAGGCUGGCGAGGAGCUGCACAACAUUAUCACUCCUCGACAAACCUCUACCACUUUCCAGAGCCCUUCAAACAUGAUGAAAAUGUUGAUUAUGGGCCAAUGUUCGUACAAGAGCCAGAUGAUGUAAUUUUCCCAACUGAUUCUGAGGAGAAGAAAGUAUCUCUGAACUGUCAAGCUCGUGGAAAUCCUACUCCCACAUACAGAUGGCUUCGAAAUGGAACUGAAAUCAACAUUGAAAGUGAUUAUCGCUUCAGUUUAAUAGAAGGAAGUCUGAUCAUCAACAACCCCAGUGAAAUGAAGGAUUCUGGACAGUACCAAUGUUUAACCACCAACACGUUUGGCAGCAUUUUAAGCAGAGAGGCUGUUCUUCAGUUUGCAUAUCUGGGGAAUUUUAGCGGUCGGACAAGAAGUGCUGUUUCUGUACGUGAAGGUCAAGGAGUCGUUCUGAUGUGCUCUCCUCCACUUCAUUCACCAGAGAUCAUCUAUAGCUGGGUAUUUAAUGAAUUCCCAUCUUUUGUGGUAGAAGAUAGCAGACGCUUCAUCUCUCAGGAGACAGGCAAUCUCUACAUCUCCAAGGUGCAAACAUCUGAUGUUGGCAGCUAUAUAUGCCUCGUGAAAAAUACAGUGACAAAUGCCAGAGUUUUGAGUCCUCCCACACCUCUGACAUUGAGAAAUGAUGGUGUUAUGGGGGAAUAUGAACCAAAAAUUGAAGUCCAUUUUCCUUACACAGUUACAGCUGCAAAGGGAACUACUGUUAAGAUGGAGUGUUUUGCACUUGGCAACCCUGUUCCAACUAUCUCUUGGAGGAAAGUUAAUGGUCAUAAUCCAAGUAAAGCCCGCCUGAGAAAAUCCCAAGCUGUGCUUGAAAUACCUAAUGUGCAGCUAGAGGACGCGGGAAUGUACGAAUGUAAGGCUGAAAACUCUCGUGGAAGAAACGUCUUCAGAGGACAACUGCAAGUAUACACCUACCCACAUUGGGUAGAUAAACUUAAUGAUACAGAAUUAGACAGUGGAGACCAACUACGAUGGGAAUGUAAAGCCACUGGAAAGCCAAGACCCACAUAUCGCUGGCUGAAAAAUGGUGUUCCUCUCUCACCACAGAGCAGGAUUGAGAUGGUUAAUGGUGUUCUGAUGAUCCACGGUGUGAAUCUCUCAGAUGCUGGAAUGUAUCAGUGCUUAGCAGAAAAUAAGUAUGGCACCAUUUAUGCCAGUGCAGAGCUGAAGAUUUUAGCUUCAGCUCCCACUUUCCCACUAAAUCAAAUGAGGAAAACAAUAAUUAUUACCAAGGGACAAGAAGUUGUCAUUGAGUGCAAGCCACAAGCCUCUCCAAAGCCAACUAUCACUUGGAAGAAAGGCGACAAAGCAUUAAGGGAGAGUAAGAGGAUAACUAUUCUUUCAAGUGGGAGCCUGCGAAUCCUGAAUGCUUCCAAGUCUGAUGAAGGAAAGUACUCAUGUCAAGGUGUUAAUGUAUUUGGAUCUGCAGAAAUCAUUGCAUCAUUAUCUGUUAAAGAACCUACAAGAAUAGAGCUGACUCCCAAGAAGAUAGAGUUAACGGUUGGAGAAAGCAUUGUCCUGAGUUGCAAAGCUAUUCAUGAUAGCACACUAGAAGUUACUUUCUAUUGGACACUCAAUGGGCAGCCAAUUGACUUUGAAAAAGAAGGUGGACACUUUGAAAGCAUCAAGGCACAAUCAUCCUCUGCAGAUUUAAUGAUCAGGAACAUCCUUCUAAUGCACGCCGGGAGAUACGGCUGCAGGGUUCAGACCGCAGCGGACACAGUGUCAGAUGAGACGGAGCUGCUUGUUAGAGGUCCUCCUGGUCCCCCAGGGGUUGUAAUAGUGGAGGAAAUUACAGACACCACAGCAACACUCUCCUGGAGUCCUGGGGCAGACAAUCACAGCCCUAUCUCCCUCUACAAUCUGCAAGCACGCAGUCCAUUUUCUCUUGGCUGGCAGACCGUAAAAACAGUUCCAGAUGUGAUAAGUGGUGACAUGGAGUCUGCUAUGGCGGUCGAACUGAACCCUUGGGUGGAGUAUGAGUUCAGAGUUGUAGCAACCAACAAAAUUGGGACUGGAGACCCAAGUGUACCAUCACGCAUGAUCAGAACAAAUGAAGCAGUUCCAAAGACAUCUCCAGCUAAUGUAAGUGGCAGAAGUGGAAGGCGACAUGAAUUAGUAAUAGCAUGGGAGCCAGUGUCAGAAGAGUUUCAGAACGGAGAAGGAUUUGGAUACAUUGUAGCCUUCAGACCCAAUGGAACACGUGGCUGGAAGGAAAAAAUGGUGACGUCUUCGGAUGCCUCAAAGUUCAUCUAUAGAGAUGAGAGUGUGCCACCUCUGACUCCUUUUGAGGUGAAAGUUGGUGUUUACAACAACAAAGGAGAUGGUCCCUUCAGUCCUAUUGUGGUCAUCUGCUCAGCUGAAGGAGAACCCACUGCUGCUCCCGUCGAUGUCAAAGCUACGAGUUUGUCUGUAUCAGAGAUUCUUGUUGUGUGGAAACAUAUUAAAGAAAGUCUAGGAAGACCACAGGGAUUUGAGGUUGGUUACUGGAAGGACAUGGAGCAGGAAGAAGCAGCAGAAAAGGUCAAAACUGAGGGAAAUGAGUCAUCCAUCCUCCUGACAGGAUUGGAAGGCAACACAUUAUAUCACCUGACAGUGAGGGCAUACAACGCAGCAGGGUACGGGCCACCUAGCCCUGCUGUAAGAGCAGCAACCAAGAAGUCCCCUCCCAGCCAAGCACCAAGCAAUAUUAUGUGGAUACAAGAUGGCUCUCACGUGUCUCUUGGAUGGGAGCCAGUCAGACCUCUAGCUAAUGAAUCUGAUGUAAUGGGAUACAAGGUAUUAUUUAGGCAAGAAGGCCAGAGCAACAGUCAAGUUAUAGAAACACAGAAAACCUCUGCAGUGGUACUUCUUCCUGAUGUAGGGGUCUACAUCAUUGAGGUCUGUGCAGUCAGUGAAGGAGGGGAUGGGACCACGAGUCCUCAGAUCAGAGUUCCGUCUUUUUCAGGAGGGAAAGUAACAAAUGCUCAGUCCACCUUACAUGUGUUGUCUACUUCAUCUUCUGCAACGUUGCUUUUGGCACUGAUGGUUCCUUCAACCUCAUGGUGA